CCAGGCGAUUGCGGCGGCUGCUCGCGCCACCCACUUUCCCGCCGGAGGCGUUCUUCUCGGCAGGGCCACGCCCUCCUCGAUCUCUGCCGCGCUUCUCCCACCAGGCAGCCAGCUUCCGUGAUGCCAUCGAUCUCGCCGGCGGAUUUGCUUGUCUGCUCCGGCCGGUGCUCCACGGAGCGCGACCUCCGGCUCCUCCACGCCGCCCUCAUCCGUCGCCGCCACAUCCUCCCUACGGCCGAUGCCGUCACGGUGCUCGCCAAGCUCCUCCGCUUCGCCGCGGUCUCCCCUGCUGGUGACCUCCGCCACGCCUCCUCGCUCCUCUCCCUUCAUCUUCCGUUCAUCUCCGCCGCCGCUUCCCACCUCGCCUUUUUCUACAACACCCUUAUGCGCGGCUUCGCAACCUCCUCCUUGCCCGGCUCUGGCAUCGAGCUCUUCACCGCAAUGCGCCGCGCGGGCGUCGGACCCGAUGCCUUCACCUUCACCUUUGUCCUCAAGUCUUUCUCGCGCUGCCAUUCACUGGGACGGUUACCCUCUGACCUACAUGCCCAGGCGUUCAAGCACGGCUGCCUCGGUGCGCGCAGCUCGCACGCUCACGUCCACAAUGCUUUGCUGCACGCGUACGCGUCGUGGGCUGCCGUGGAUGACGCCCGCAGGGUGUUUGAUGAAAUUCCCGUCCGGGAUGUUGUCUCUUUCUCGGGGCUACUCACAGCGCACCUCAAAGGCAACCGUUUGGAUUCCGCACGAACGGUGUUCGACCAAAUGCCGCAGCGGGACGUCGUUUCCUGGACUGCCAUGAUUUCUGCCUAUGCCAAGGCACAGCGUCCACAGGAGGCCCUGGCGUUGUUUGAUGCAAUGGCAGUGCAACCAGACGAGGUGACCAUGGUGAGUGUUGUGUCGGCAUGCACUGCACUUGGGGACCUUGCAACUGGGGAGCGUUUGCGGCAGUAUGUUGAUUCCAAUGGUUUUGGUUGGAUGGUUUCACUCCGCAAUGCACUUAUGGAUAUGUAUGCUAAGUGUGGUUGCCUAACUGAAGCGCGUGCUUUGUUUGACGGGAUGACCGUGAGGAGCUUGGCUUCUUGGAACACACUUAUCUCAGCAUAUGCAUCACAUGGUGAUGUGGAUAGCACAGUUACUUUGUUUCAUCAGAUGCUGGCUGAUGACAAUUCUGUGAAGCCAGAUGGGGUGACACUGCUUGCAGUGCUCACGGUGUAUGCACACAAGGGCUUUGUUGAGGAGGGGCGCACUAUGUUCAAUGCGAUGCAAAGAGGAAAUUAUGGCAAAGUUGAACUCACCAUUGAGCACUACGGGUGUAUGGUGGACUUGCUUGCUCGGGCAGGGCAACUUGAGGAAGCAUAUAAGAUGAUAGAGCAAAUGCCGAUUCAGAGAAAUGAUGUGGUCUGGGGUGUGUUACUUGGUGCAUGUCGGAUGCAUGGCAAUAUUGACAUGGCAGAGAAGGCAGUCCAGAAACUAAGGAGCCUAAACCCGCAGGAGGGUGGUUAUUACAUUUUGCUCAUAGAUAUGUACACAGCCGCUGGCCGAACAGCAGAUGCCACGGAGGUUAGACGGGCCAUGAAUGAAAAUGGGGCCAAGAAGGCUACAGGCUGGAGCAGCUGGACUACUGCCUUUCUGCAACAGUAGAUUUCCGAGGCCUAUCUGGUCAGCCUUUGGAUCACAAGCUAAUCUCUCCUGGAGGGAUCUAUCAAUUGGUUUUCACUUCAAGCCAGAUGAUGCCUAAGGGUUGGUUACAUGUCAAUAUUUCUCUGCCUUCCUAGUUUUGAUGACUGAUGUACAUCAGUUCUUCCUCAGUGAUGGGUACGCUGGAAUCAGGAGACAGGUACAGAGGCACAGUGCACCAUAGUGAAAUUCUGUCUUUAUGAAUGCAUCUUACAGAUAGUCCAAUUCUAUAGCUAUUACUUGAAUUGUUUAUGUGAUAUCCUGCACAUCAGCAAGGAAAGUACAAAGCAAUCAUGUAUGGAGCCUCGGUGGAACCGAACCUUGAAGGAUCAGACUUCAUAAAACAGAGUAUUUGAAGGAUUAUGAUUAGACUUCAUAAAAACCAAUCCUUCCAACAGCUCUAUGGGCCAAAAUAUUUCAACCAAAGACUUGGGGGAAAAUAAGGAGCAAUGGCGGAUAGGAGGGUUUUAGUUGUUGUGUCUCCCGAGAUUGAAGCCUUUGGUUAUGAUGGAGUUGACUCGUUUGCAAGUCUGCAGGAU